UGCUGCCAGAAACGUGGGUACUGUCUGUGGUUAUGUAAUGCAUCUGUCUGAAAACAGUGCUGAUGGAGGAAAAAAAACAACCAAAUCCAUGUGAUGCAUGACUGCUGAUACACAUGCGUGGGUAAUAGGCAUAAUUACAGAAAGACCAGACAUAUGAUCCUCCCUACACUGCUGAUAUUUCAUGUGCAUCACCUUUCCUGGCAGUAUAUAUCCCUUCUUUUCCUUAAGUGAUGGAGAGAUAAUUUCUGCUGUAAAGGACCACCCCAAAGCCAGCUACCAAGCACUACACAACUACUUGCUCACUCCCCCAGAAGCGGGAUCAGGGAGAACUGAAAAGGCAAAAGAGGUCUCUGAAGACAAACCUGUAAAAUCUGUGAAUCUGCAGGUGCACAGAGAGCAAUCGAAUAUCAAACGAAAUGUGCACAUUCAUGUUCCUGUGCUGGAUGUAAAUGAAUUGGCUGAAUGAACACAGUCGGGGAGAAACAGAGAUCUGACUCCACUGUUUUCCUCACCUGCUACUCCUGUGGACACCCCAGGCAUUUUUCUGGCAACACCCUGUCUUCCGCAGGGGCUUCACGACCCACUCCCGUCUGCUGACAUGCGGGCUUCAUUUUCUGGUGUUGCAGCAAAAAAGUUUUUCAGAAUUGAACCAAACAUUCCAGUGAAUUGAAGACCCUCUUCAUGUCUUUCUUCGGAAUGAAAAUCAGUUGUGAGAGAAAAAACGUCUAUUAAGCCUGUUUUUGGACAUCAGAAAAAUACUUUUCUUCACACAUAGGUACUUACGUAAUUCCUGCAUUAAAAUAGAAUGUUCUUGUGAAGUAAUAGGGAAGAAGGAUUUCUUUCUCUGUCAAAAUUUGAAUAUAACAGUUUCUGUGAGUGACUGCAUUUACAAAAAGGCACUGUUAGGCUGCUUUUAUGGAAAAAAAUGUAUAUAGUCUUUAGUUCUGUUCAUCUGUUCUGAAAACCUAUAAGGUGUCUGUGUUCUGCUGCAGGGGCAGGAGAGGGGGAUUAUAUGUAUGCAAAUACUAUCCAGAUAUUUGCUAUCUAAUUGUGAUUUCUUUAUAGAUUCACAAAUAUGUGAGGUGGAACAUUUUAACAGAUGAAUAAAGUGUGGUGUUUCAUAAAGGCUAUUAAUUCAGUUUUAGAGGUAAUUGCCUGUGGUACUAAAAGGGUGGUGGGAGGGGAUAAGAAUUAAAGGUUGGGAGGAAGUAUCUGUUUGAGAAGAUAGGAAAAGGGAAUUUGAGAAUUGAUUGGUGCUAGUGUGCUGUAAGUGGGUGGAUGUGGUUUUUUUUUUCUUCUCUCUCCUUUUUUUUUGGCUACAGGAAGUGAUUUGCAGUGUUCACAGCCUUUUGUUGAAAAGGGUCCUUCUCAUUUGUGUGAGUCAUGCUUUUGCUGUGAGCGAGUUGGCAGCUCUAAGCAGGACUGAGAUCUCAGUCACAGAAAACUGUUACUUCACCCAACCUUAACAAGGAACCAAAAGAAAUUUCUUAAAAAUAUACAUUUUUUCAUUUGUGCUUACACUCUUUUUCUUUUUUACCCUAAACUCUUGUUAACCCUCUGUGCCGUUAUGAAUUGCUUGCUAUGUUAGUACAGGCAUCUCCUGCAUUGGCAUCAGAUUUGCCAGAACAUAUGCAGGAAAGCAGAUAGAAGGGCAUGCUUCAACGUACCAAGUAUAACCGCUUCAGGAAUGAUUCUGUGACAUCUGUUGAUGAUAUUAUUCACAAUUUGCCCAUGAACAGCAAGGUCUCAGCAGUUGCUACAACUUCAGCUUCACCUUCGUACCUGGUCUCACCAGAGGCUCUCCGCAAGGACCAAGAAGAUGGACCCACCACCCUGUGUACUCUCAUCCAUAAAGUGUCCCACUUGAAACUCUCUAGCACGGGCAGCCUUUUGGGUAUCAAAAACCUCUCCUCUGCAGUAAAGGAGCUUGCUGUCUCCAAAUUGCAGGGAAGCUCGAGUGCUUCUAGUUCAGCAGCAGGGGCUUCAGACAACACAUGUAACCUUGUCUCUGCCACUUCGUGUUCUCAGCAGGACGUGAGCAAGAUGAGUAUGGGGAAAAAAGCACGGUCAGAGGAAAUGCACCUGGGAAGUGAAGAUUGGAAUCAAACUAGCAGUUUUGUCAAUAAAUCCUCUCGAGGAUGGCUGCACUCGAGUGAGAAGAUCCUGGGACCUGGUGUGACGUACAUUGUGAAGUACUUGGGCUGCAUAGAAGUCUUACGGUCAAUGAGAUCUCUUGACUUCAGUACUAGAAUGCAGGUUGCAAGGGAAGCAAUCAGUCGUGUUUGUGAAGCCAUGCCUGGUGCCAAAAGAGCCUUCAAGAAACGAAAGCCACCAAGCAAAGUCCUUUCUAGCAUCUUGGGAAAGAGCAAUCUUCAGUUUGCAGGAAUGAGCAUAAUGUUGAAUAUCUCCACCAGCAGCUUAAAUCUAAUGAAUCCAGAUACAAAACAGAUCAUAGCAAAUCACCAUAUGCAAUCUAUCUCCUUUGCGUCUGGAGGUGAUCCGGAUACUUCAGACUAUAUUGCAUAUGUAGCUAAGGAUCCUGUUAAUCGUAGAGCUUGUCAUAUACUGGAAUGCUGUGACGGCCUUGCCCAGGAUGUCAUCAGCACCAUAGGGCAAGCAUUCGAGCUUCGAUUUAAGCAGUACUUGCAAUGCCCCUCUAAGACACCUACUUUAUCUGAUAGGAUGCAGAGUUUUGAGGACCCAUGGACAGAGGAAGAUAACGAGGCAACAGAGCAUCCCUAUUACAACGACAUCCCAAAUAAAAUACCUCCCCCUGGCGGAUUCCUUGACGCCAGGCUCAAAACAAGGCUUCUCACUGCUGCAGACACAGCUCAGUCUGCAUCAAGAAUUGGAGGAGAGCAAAUUUAUUAUCAGAGCCAUCACUUAGGAGAAAAAUUCAGUGAAGAAUGGCAUCACGGGCCUGUUAAACAAGGGUCUCUGGAUAUUUGUAGUAUGUCAGAAGAGAAAUCAGAAGUACCACCAACAGGAGAGCUGCCAAUAUAUGUAAACACCCAGCAUAUAAAUAGAGAAGAUCUAUUGGCACUUCAGGCAGAUGCUGAAAGUACCUUCAGUGGAACAGUAGAGGAUGCUGAAGCAAACAGCCCAGGAAAGGAUCUGUUUGACAUGAAACCAUUUGAAGAUGCUCUUAAGAAUCAAACAUCUGAGGCUAUGUUGAAGAAAUCCACCUCCACGGGAUGCACCAGUCCUCCUUUAUCUAGAGUAGCUGUCCGGACUGAAGCUGAAGAGCUGAGUGCAGAGCCAUGGUAUCAAGGAGAGAUGAGCAGGAAAGAAGCAGAACAGCUAUUAAAGAAAUGUGGAGAUUUCCUUGUGAGGAAGAGUACCACGAAUCCUGGCUCCUAUGUGCUGACAGGCAUGCACAAAGGACAAGCCAAGCAUCUUCUUUUGGUGGACCCAGAAGGAACUGUUCGUACAAAAGAUCGUGUCUUUGACAGCAUAAGUCAUCUCAUCAACUAUCACCUUGAGAAUAAUUUGCCUAUAGUUUCUUCAGUGAGUGAACUCUGCCUGCAACAGCCUGCUGAAAGAAAACACUGA